AUGGAUGUAGCUGACACAUAUGCCACUCAAAGCCAAGUAAAAGAUGAGGUUGGAGUUCGUUGCCAGAAGUUAUUUCAAGAUUUUUUAGAAGAGUUUAAAGAAGAUCACGAAUUAAAAUAUGAAAAGCAAGCAAAGGAAUUACUGAAACCAGAAUUAAGUACAUUAGAAGUCAGUUUCGAUGACGUUGAAAAAUACAACCAGAAUCUAGCUACAACAAUUAUCGAGGAAUAUUACAGAAUAUACCCAUUUCUUAACCAAGCUAUCUUGAACUAUGUAUUAAGCUUUGCCGAUAGCGGUAUAAAGAAAGAUUUGCAGGCAAAAGAAUGCUAUGUUUCAUUCGUUGAUGUACCAACAAGACAUAAAGUGAGGGAGCUAACAACAGCCAAAAUUGGUACUUUAAUAAGAAUAUCCGGUCAAAUUGUAAGAACGCACCCAGUUCAUCCUGAACUGGUUUUAGGUACAUUUGUCUGUUUGGAUUGUCAAACCGUUAUAAAGAAUGUUGAACAACAAUUUAAGUACACAAUUCCCACAAUAUGUCGUAAUCCAGUGUGCGCUAAUCGUCGCCGUUUUAUGUUGGAUGCCGAUAAAUCUGUGUUUGUGGACUUCCAAAAGAUAAGAAUUCAAGAGACACAGGCAGAGCUGCCAAGGGGAUGCAUACCAAGAUCACUUGAAGUCAUAUUGAGAGCAGAGGCUGUGGAAUCUGUACAGGCUGGCGAUCGUUAUGAUUUCACUGGUACUCUUAUAGUGGUGCCGGAUGUUGGUUCAUUAUCUAUGCCGGGGGCGAAGGCCGAGUUAACGACUAGAACUAAGAUGGCAACCGAGGGACAGAUGGAAGGAAUAAAGGGACUCAAGGCUUUGGGAGUACGGGAAUUACAUUACAAAACCGCCUUCCUAGCGUGUAGUGUUCAAGCGACAUCAAGAAGAUUCGGUACUUCAGAUUUAGCUGCGGAUGAUCUUACUUCAGAAGAUAUGAGGAAGCAAAUGACAGACAAAGAAUGGGACAAGGUGUAUGAAAUGUCUCGCGACCGUAAUCUGUACAAUAAUCUGAUUACAAGUCUAUUUCCAAGUAUUCAUGGAAACAAUGAAGUGAAGAGAGGAAUUCUUUUAAUGUUGUUCGGUGGCGUCGCUAAAACAACUGUAGAAGGAACAACUCUGCGUGGUGAUAUCAACGUGUGUAUAGUAGGCGAUCCUAGUACAGCUAAGUCUCAACUGUUAAAACAAGUCAGUGAGAUGACUCCUCGAGCGGUUUACACGAGCGGGAAGGCAUCGUCCGCUGCUGGUCUUACAGCUGCUGUUGUUAAGGAUGAAGAAUCGUUUGAUUUCGUGAUAGAAGCCGGUGCAUUGAUGUUGGCUGAUAAUGGAGUGUGUUGUAUCGAUGAGUUUGAUAAGAUGGAUCCCGGGGACCAGGUGGCUAUACACGAGGCUAUGGAACAACAGACCAUAUCAUUGGCUAAGGCCGGUGUGAGGGCAACCCUGAACGCUAGAACCUCAAUACUGGCAGCUGCCAACCCUAUCGGCGGUAGAUACGACCGAGCUAAAUCCUUACAACAGAAUGUUGCUCUCAGCGCGCCUAUAAUGUCACGAUUCGAUUUAUUCUUCAUACUAAUAGAUGAGAGCAGUGAAAUGGUUGAUUACGCUAUAGCCAGGAAAAUAGUGGAUUUGCAUUGUAAUAAAGAGGAAACAUAUGACUGUGUGUACUCUAGAGAGGAUCUAUUGAGAUAUAUAGCGUUUGCGAGAUCAUUCAAACCUAUUAUUACUGAGGAAGCCGGCAAGUUAUUGGUUGAGUACUACACAAGUCUACGUUCUCGUGAAUCAGCGGGUGGUGGUUGGAGAAUAACUGUACGACAAUUGGAAUCAUUGGUACGACUAAGUGAAGCGUUGGCUAAAAUGCACUGCAGCGGACAUGUUACUACCAACCACGUUACCGAGGCUCACAGAUUGUUGAACAAGUCAAUAAUUCGUGUGGAACAACCCGACAUACAUUUGGAUGAAGAGGAUCCGCAGUAUGAACCUAGUAUGGAUGUUGAUCAAGAUACACCUUCGGGAACAGCUGAAACCCCUUCAACCGAUCAAUCUGGCAAGAAAAAAUUAACUCUAUCAUUUGAAGAGUACAAAUCACUUAGUAAUAUGUUGGUUGUGUUCAUGAGGAAGGAAGAGCAGGAGGCUGAAUCAAAAGGUGAAGAAAAUGCGGGUAUGCGUAAAAGUGCAGUAGUGAGUUGGUAUUUGGAACAAUUGGUCUCUCAAGGCACUAUAGAGACAGAAGAUGAUUUGUUAGAGAGAAAGACGUUGGUGGAAAAAGUUAUUGACAGGCUCAUGUAUCAUGAUCAAGUUAUAAUACCUCUACAGACAACUGGUUUGAAAACAACACAAAAGUCCGAUCAAGAAGUUGAAGAUGAUCCUCUGCUCGUGGUACAUCCUAACUAUGUUGUUGAUACAUAA